UAUCCCCAGCUCUCCCACCUUAUCCCAUAAAACCCCAUUCUCCCUCACCAACAAUCCUCCACCACAGAUCAUAAACUCCAUGGCCACUCCAUCUCCCUUCACCAUGCUCCUCCUAGCCCUAUCCCUAGCUCUCCUCCUCACCACCUCACAUGUCCAAGCUCAAUCUCCUUCCGCUCCAGCCCCAGCCCCUGGCCCACUCAACCUCACUGCCACCCUAGUGAAAGCUGGCCAAUACACCACCCUCCUUCGCCUACUGGGGUCCACCCAAGUCGGCAUUCAGAUCGUUAACCAAGUCAACAACUCAGAUCAAGGGCUCACACUCCUCGCCCCCACCGACAACGCCUUCAACAACCUCAAGGCCGGCACGCUCAACGGCUUAACCACACAACAACAGGUUGAACUGUUACUGUACCAUGUGCUACCUAAGUUCUACACGUUGGCAAUGUUCGAGACGGUAAGCAACCCCGUCCGAACACAGGCGUCAGGCAGCGACGGCGGACUCUACAACCUGAAUUUCUCUAGCUCAGCCAACCAGGUGAACGUGUCGAGUGGCAUUGUCGAGACCCAGAUCAAUAAUGCAAUCCGGUCGGAUUUCCCAUUGGCAGUGUACCAGCUGGAUAAGGUGUUGCUACCUUUGGAUAUCUUUGGGCCUAAGCCCAAUGUGACAGCAAAGGCCCCACCACCUUCGUCCCCGUCUGCCAAUCGGUCCCCACCGGUAUCAUCUACAUCGUCUGGUGGGCCAUCGGCAUCGGCGGAUUCGACACCCAAUGCUGGUUCUAGGGAGAUGAAUGUAAGGUGGAGUGCUGUGGUUGGGGUUGGGUUGAUGAUGAUCAUGGGGACUGUUUGGUGAGGAUUGAUGGAUGGCAUUCUUGUUAUUUUCAUGGUAUAAAGUCAUUUCGUGGGUUGUUUGGCAUGCCCACGUACAUUUGUGUUCUUUGUGAUUUUGUUUCAUUGUUGUCAUAUGGUUUUUCUCUUUAUUGAUGAUGAUACUUUCUUCU